CAGCUUUGCCCCCCGCCAGCGCUUAACGUGAAUGGGAGAAACCUGCGCCUCUGAUGUCUCGAGCAACGUUAACAGCGUGCACGCCCGGCCUUCCUCGCAGCUUCCAGCCGCAGUCAUCGCGGAGGACGACGACGAACCCCCUAGUAGUGGCCCCAGUUACCGGACGCCUGAAGUGACGACGCCUCCGGAGGGAAUCAACUUCGUGAAUACGCUCAGCCUUGCGACGGACGGCGCGACGCUCGCGCCGACGCUCAAGACGCUCCGGGAAUCGACCUUCGACGAGAAGAAGAUCCCCUUUGCGCGCAGCGCCACCGAGAAGGUCGAGGACGAUGCGGAGGACCCUAUCGGGCAGCCGCAGAACAAGACGAAGCUUAUCCUGGGGCGGCUGAAGACGCUCUUUACGCCGAUCAAGCCCCUGGGCCCCGAGCCGACGUACGCGGCGUCGUUCAAAGCGACCGUGCGCUACACGCCGCUGAACUUCUGCCUGCUCUUUAUCCCGGUGUCGUGGGCGCUGCACUACACGCACCAGAGCGCGACGCUCAUCUUCGUCUUCUCGUGCUUGGGCAUUAUCCCUCUCGCCGCCCUGCUUGGCUUCGGCACAGAGCAGGUCGCGCACCGCACGAGUUCGACUGUGGGCGGACUUCUGAAUGCGACACUGGGAAACGUUGUGGAGAUGAUCAUUGCGGGCAUCGCUCUCAGCGAGUGCAAACUCGAAUUGGUGCAGAGCUCGCUUCUUGGAGGACUUCUCAGCAACAUGCUCCUUGUCCUCGGAAUGGCCUUCAUAGUUGGCGGCUUCCGCUUUCAUUCGCAAGAGUUCCAGCCGAUGGUCGCACAGCUCAACUCAUCCCUGAUGACCGUAUCAGUCAUCUCUCUCAUCAUCCCGGCUGCCUUCCACGAGUACUUGGAAGAUCGUUUGCAGCCGGGCGCAGAACUGCCGAUAUUACUGCAGCUUAGCCGUGGCAGUGCGGUUCUGCUUAUCCUCAUUUACAUCGGAUACCUCGUUUUCCAAUUCUACUCCCAUAACCAUCUGUUUUUGGACACGGAGUCGGUGACCACUGCCACCCUCGGCAAUCGGUCGCUCAGCCGAACGACGACAACGACGACGACUGCCUCCUCGGAAUGCCCGGAGACGGUUACACAGGCUGACCCCGAGGCUCCCUCGCCCUCGUCCGAGGUUCAGCACCUCAAGCUCAAUGCCGUGUUCUCCCUCAUCCUCCUCGUCGCGGUCACCGCCCUCUGCUACCUUACCGCCGAAUGUCUCGUAGACUCCCUCGAGGGUCUUGUCGAGGCGCACCCGAACGUAUCCACGGAGUGGAUUACGCUCAUCAUCAUCCCCGUCAUCAGCAACGCCGCGGAGCACACGACCGCGGUCAUCGUCGCGUGCAAGGGCAAGUUCGACCUGGCGAUGAGCGUCGCGAUCGGGAGCUGCAUACAAAUUGCGCUGUUCGUGAUCCCGGUGCUGGUGCUAGUGGCGUGGGGGAUGGGCAAGCCGCUGACGCUGCUGUUCGACCCUCUGGAGACGCUAGUGCUGUUCUUUUCGGUCAUCUUGGUCAAGUUCUCGGUCGAGGACGGGAAGGCGCAUUGGAUGAGUGGGGUGGUGUUGGUUGGUGUCUACUUCCUCCUUGCGCUGUCGUUUUGGAACUUCCCGGACGCGCCGAGGAUGCUGCAGGGCAGGGAGCUCAUGUGUAGCUGAGGUGUUCCUGUCAAGGGCAUCAGUGUAUCACUGCAUGACGGUUCUGACGACGCCUUGCUCAUUUACGCAAUGCUUCAGUCACUUUUCAUGAUCUCAGUGUACAUCAACGGCCCCUCUUCUUCACAAGUUUCUGUACUCCUUCAAGCUUGAUCGCUGUUUAGCCCCAGUUCCGCCUUCGAGAGCAUGCUUUACCUCGGAGCGCCUGAUGUGUUCGUCUUCGUCGUGUGCAUACUUCCAUCUGUACUUACGCUCAGUUGCAACGCGCUUCGCGCCGUAUACAAAGUGUAUCACUAGGCAGACUCGUAGCGUGGCCUUUUUGUGCUUUCCUCCCACCGAGUGUACUUGUGAUUCGAGAGGCAGAGACGGGUAGCCCCGC